AUGGAUCCACCUGCGACCGGCUUAUCAACCAAGGACCAGGAUUGCUUGCCGUCUGUUCUCGCUCCUGUCCUCCACCGCAUAGACAUGGCCUCUGGCACGGACCAUGCCCCUCUCUCCCAUGUCGCUGUCGUGAGCGAGGCCGACCCAUUGCUGCGUCAGUCUCCGAUUAUCCAAGAGUUUGUCGACGAAACUGUGUUUACCAGUCCGGCUUCGACACUCACUCUGCUGUCCGACACUGUCUAUGACGAACAGACACCGCUGUUGGCAAAGUCACGACGAGAGAGGAGCAGGCCAUGGUACAGACAGGCUGCUCCCAGGCUAUUGGUUCCAUUUGCACUCGCAAGCGCCUUGUGUCGCGGCAUGACGCUCGCCCCCCGAGUGGAAGUCUUCACCCAGAUCGCAUGUGACGAGCUGCGCAUAGAGCCCGACCGCGCGUACGAACUUGCUUCCUCAUCCCAUCAUGCCUUCCCAAUCGGCCUCGAUAUCCCAAUCUCGCUUGGGACCCUGCCCAGAACACUGGAUCCAGUCCACUUGACCUCGGUCCUCCACCUCACGGGCAAUCACAGCCAUGCAACUGCUAUUCCCUCUUCUCCUCUAUUCUCUGAUGCUUGUCGUCUCGAUCCAGAUGUCCAGCAGGGGGCAGCCAAACUCCAGACCCUCAUAAUGACAUUGUCCGGCAUCUUGAGCGCAUUGACGUCAGGUUUCUGGGGCCAGUUUGGCGAUAAACACGGCCGCACGGGCGUCAUUGCCCUCACCAUCUUUGCCAUGCUUGCGACUGACUGUGUAUUCCUUCUUGCCGCUUCUCAAUCCGCCAAUCCAACUUAUUCGUUCCUUACUGCUUCUCGCCUCCUCGUUCUUGCGCCGCUCUUUGAAGGCUCUCUCGGCGGCUUUCCGACGAUGCAAGCCGCAUUUAACGCAUACAUAUCCGACGCUACCACUCCCGGAACAUCCCGCGCAAAGAUCUUUGCCCGCUUCUUUGGCAUCAUCUUUGUCGGCGUCGCCGUGGGUCCAACACUCAGCAACCUCCUGCCCUUUGACCCCUUCCGCUCAUCCAUCACACUCGGCGUACUGAACCUCGUUCUCGUUCUGUUCUUCCUCCCCGAAAGUCUCACAAAGGAACAGCGCAUCGCACUAGCUGCCAACCGGGCAUCACUCGCUAGCGAAGCUCGGAAGCCCGAGAAUGGAGGUCCGAUAAGGAGGAUCACAGGCUACGUCACAGGGGCCGUUCGAGGCACGUUCGAGCCCAUGGCCAUAUUGUUGCCUAGGAAGCGUAAGAGUCAAGGCCAGGCUGUUUCGGGCAACGACUGGAAUCUGACGUACCUUGCCAUCGCCCUGUCGCUCUAUCUGCUGACCAUUGCGAUCUAUUCGGUCAAGUUCUUGUAUGCGCAGCAUGCCUAUGCAUGGGGUGGUACAGAGCUCUCGUAUUAUAUCUCUUACAUGGGUGUCCUCCGGGCAUUGAACCUGAUAGUCAUCCUGCCUUGUCUACAAGCCCAAGUCACCCAAGCACUCGCAUCCACCAACAUCCACGAUGGACCAUGUAUAUACCUCGCCGACCGUAUCACCACACGGCUCGGCCACAGUCCUAAACACACCCAUCACACCGACCCGAACAAACUCCCUACCAGUCAUGCCGACCACGUCACUCUCUCCGCCUCCCUCACCGGGUACCCAGACACCCACACCCAUGCGCGGGAUAUCAGCCAUCAACUCAGAACUCAUCAAGCGCUCGGUGCACCAGUCGAAAGAACACAUUUCGACCUGCUCGUCGCUCGCAUCAGCAUGGUCAUGGACUUUUGGUCCUAUUUCCUCCUCUGCUCUUCAAACUCCCCGACCAGCUUCGUCUUGGUCACGACCUUGUCCGCGUUUGGUGGCGGGACGAGCCCGGCGAUGCAGAGUCUUGCGUUGGGGAUACUUGGUGGGGACGAAAAGGACGUAGGCCGUUUGUUUGGUGCGCUUUCGAUGCUCAGUUCGAUCUCGAGUACGAUUUUUUCGCCUAUUAUUUUCGGAUGCAUUUAUACCUGGACCGUGGCGUUCUUCCCCAAAGCGAUCUUCAUCGUCGCAACCGCGGUCAUGACCAUCGCACUAGUCUUUUGA